UAUGCCUACAAGCUUGUCAAAUUGUUCACAACUUCAAGUAUUGUCUUUGUCAUUUAAUGAGUUUGAUGGACCAAUACGUAAAGAAAUUGGAAGAUUGAAUAACUUGCAGGAAUUGUAUCUAGGAACAAACCAAUUCACUGGGAUAAUUCCACAAGAAACUGGAAAUCUUAUUAAUUUGGUGAAGUUAAGCGUGGAGAAAAACCAUAUUACCGGCUCUGUCCCAAUCUCCAUAUUCAAUAUCACAUCUCUGCAACUAUUGUCAUUGUCAGCCAACAAUCUCAAGGGUACCUUACCAAGGGAGAUUGGCAACUUAACAAAGAUGCAGCAUUUACAUCUUAGUACUAAUACAUUUAUUGGUGAAAUACCCAAAGAGAUAAGCAAUCUCGUUGAGUUGGAGAAACUUGAUCUUGCUGCUAAUAGUUUUAGUGGUCGACUUGACAUGGAGACCUUCAACAUAUCAGGGCUGAGAGCAAUUUCACUUACAGACAACAAUAAUCUAUCAGGAAUCCUCCCACCAAACAUUGGUUCUAUAUUACCCAACAUUGAAGAGAUUGAUCUGGCCAACAUAAACAAUCUAGUUGGGACUAUUCCUGAUUCUAUCUCAAAUUGUUCAGAACUAACUUUUCUUGAUCUUCCAUCCAACAAACUCACUGGCUUGAUUCCUACUUCUCUUGGAUAUUUGACACGUCUACAGUACCUAAACUAGGCGGAAAACAAUUUAACUAGCGAUUCAUCAUUAAGCUUCCUGACUUCCUUAACCAAUUGCAGAAAUUUAACAAACCUUUCUCUAAAUUUGAUUCCACUAAAUGGAAUGCUUCCAGUCUCUGUAGGAAACUUUUCCACAUCUCUAAUAAAAUUUUACGCCAACAGUUGCAAAAUCAGAGGGCCAAUUCCAGAUGAAAUUGGAAACUUAAGCAGCAUAUUAGACCUUGAUCUUUCUGGAAAUAACUUAGUUGGAUCGAUUCCCACAUCAAUUGGCAAGAUGGAAAACCUUCAGCGCUUUGACUUGGGUAACAACAAAUUUACAGGAUUUAUUAGAGAUAAUUUUUGUAAAUUACAACGUUUGGGUGCUAUUUACUUCAGUCAAAAUCAACUUUCAGGAUCUCUUCCGAAUUGUUUGGGGAAUGUUACUUCCCUUAGAGAGAUACAUCUGGAUUCCAAUAAAUUGAGUUCCAAUAUACCAUUAAGCUUAUGGAAUCUUAAGGAUCUAAUGGUUCUUGACUUAUCGUCAAACAACAUGGUAGGUUCUUUACCUCCAGAAAUUGGAAAUCUAAAGGCUGUAAUAAAGAUGGAUCUAUCGAUGAAUAAAUUCUCAAAUGAAAUUCCAAGAGAAAUUGGAGGCUUGCAAAAUAUGGCAAACCUUUCUUUGAGACACAACAAGUUACAAGGAGCUAUACCUGACUCAAUGAGCAACAUGGUAGGCUUGGAAUUCCUAGACCUUUCUCAUAAUAAUAUAUUUGGAAUCAUUCCUAAGUCUUUGGAGAAACUUCAAAACUUGAAAUAUUUCAAUAUUUCUGUCAACAAAUUGCACGGUGAAAUACCCUCGGGAGGUCCUUUCAAGAACCUCUCGAGUCAAUUUUUCAUCUACAAUGAAGCAUUGUGUGGUUCUUCAGGAUUUAGUGUCCCGCCAUGCCCCACUUCAUCAAAGCACAGAUCAAAUAGGAAAAAAUUGCUAGUUCUUUUUCUUUUGGUGGGAAUUGUUCCUAGCACCAUUAAUUUUUUCUGGAUAAGGUAUAGAAAAGGUAAAAGAGCUCCUCAACAAGCUGAUUCAUUGUCUGCCAUAACAAGAGAAAGAAUUUCAUACUAUGAAUUGAUCCAAGCAACGGAUGGUCUUAGCGAGAGUAAUCUGAUUGGUUCUGGAAGUUUUGGCUCUGUUUACAAAGGUGUUCUCAGAAGUGGAACUGCCAUUGCAGUUAAAGUGUUCAACCUGCAACUGGAUGCGGCAUUCAAGAGUUUUGAUACGGAAUGUGAAGUUUUGUGCCGACUUCGCCAUAGGAAUCUCAUUAAAGUCAUUACUAGUUGUUCCAAUCUUGAUUUCAAGGCUUUAGUGCUCGAGUAUAUGUCUAAUGGAAGUCUUGAGAAGUAUUUGUAUUCGCACAACUACUUCCUUGACAGCAAGCAGAGACUAAGCAUAAUGAUAGAUGUGGCAUGUGCUUUGGAAUAUCUUCACCAUGGGUGCUCGCUGCCUGUGAUUCACUGUGACGUGAAGCCUAGUAAUGUCUUGCUGGAUGAAGAUAUGGUUGCCCACCUCAGCGACUUUGGCAUUUCAAAACUGCUUGGUGAAGAUCAGGGUGAUUUGUACACUAAAACCUUAGCAACAUUGGGGUAUAUUGCACCAGAGUAUGGUCUGGAAGGACGAGUGUCAACAAAGUGUGAUGUCUAUAGUUAUGGGGUCAUGUUGCUGGAAACAUUUACUAGGAGAAAGCCUAAUGAGUUUGAGGGUGACCUUAGCUUGAAGCAAUGGGUGAGUUAUUCACUCCCAGAGGCAAUAAUGGACGUCGUAGAUGCCAACUUGGUAACAGCAACUGGUAAUCAGAAGGAGCUAGAUGUUGUGGCUUCAAUCAUGAAAGUUGCAUUAGAUUGUUGUGCUGAAUCUCCGGCAAGAAGGACAAACAUGAAAGAUGUUGUAGGGAUGCUGCAGAAGAUCAAGAUUCAACUUCUUGCAUAUUGAACAUGGUUUUGGAAUCUGUUGUUCCAACUCACUUGUUUGUUUCAAUUUUUUCUAAAUUGUUGUAUUCAUGUAAAGAUUGUUGUUUUGUAUUGUUUUGUUUUAGCAAUUGAUUUGUGCAUGAUUCUGUUUUCAGAAAUGCUAGAUGGUUGCAAUACAUCUCACUGUUUCCUCUUAGUAUUAUUGUUGCAACAGGGGGGAACUUGUAAAUUGAAUAAGUAAAACCAAAAUAUUUUAGAGGAAUUAAGUGCACGAAUACAGAUAGGCAUGUAAUAUAAAUGGAUUUUGUUUGUUCCUACAGUGCAGAAAGGAUCUGUUAUUU